AUGGCAGCUGACAUCAUCUACAGCUCUGUGGUUGAUUGCUGGAAGAAAGCAAGUUUGCCUCUGAGGCUGGUGAGCGGAGGUGACCGGUGUCAGGGCCGCGUGGAGGUCCUGUACCAAGGCUACUGGGGCACCGUGUGUGACGAUGACUGGGACACCCAGGAUGCAGAUGUUGUCUGUCGGCAGCUCGGCUGUGGCCUUGCGGUGUUGGCCCCGGGCGGGGCCUACUUUGCUACUCACACCCAGUCCACAAGCCAGCCAGGCACCUGGCUCCCCAACUCCACACCUAUAACACCAAAUAUAGGGAGUGAGGCAGGUUUGGCCCUGAGGCUGGUGAAUGGAGGUGACCGGUGUCAGGGCCGCGUGGAGGUCCUGUACCAAGGCUCCUGGGGCACCGUGUGUGAUGAUGAUUGGGACACCAAUGACGCCAACGUGGUGUGCAGGCAGCUGGGCUGUGGCUGGGCCGUGUCAGCCCCGGGAAGUGCCCGCUUUGGUCAGGGCUCAGGGCCCAUUGUCCUGGACAACAUGCGCUGCUCCGGGCAUGAGUCUGACCUGUGGCGCUGCCCCCACAACGGCUGGAACUCGCACAACUGUGGCCAUAGUGAGGACGCCAGUGUCAUCUGCUCAGCCGCCCAACAAUGGUCAUGCCCCAGCCCAUCAGCAAUCCCAAUGCUGACAUUGUGGGCCACCAAACUGUGGAACGAGACAGGUUUGUCCCUGAGGCUGGUGAAUGGAGGUGCCCAGUGUCAGGGCCGCGUGGAAGUCCUGUACCAAGGCUCCUGGGGCACCGUGUGUGAUGACGACUGGGACACCAAUGACGCUGACGUGGUAUGCAGGCAGCUGGGCUGUGGCCAGGCCAUGUCUGCCCCAGGAGGUGCCCGCUUUGGUGAGGGCUCAGGGCCCAUUGUCCUGGAUGACGUGCGCUGCUCCGGGCAAGAGUCCUACCUGUGGCGCUGCCCCCACAACGGCUGGAACUCGCACAACUGUCGCCAUGGGGAGGACGCCAGUGUCAUCUGCUCAGGGAACGAGGCAGGUUUGUCCCUGAGGCUGGUGAAUGGAGGUGACCGGUGUCAGGGCCGCGUGGAAGUCCUGUACCAAGGCUCCUGGGGCACCGUGUGUGACGACGACUGGGACAUCAAUGACGCCAACGUGGUGUGCAGGCAGCUGGGCUGUGGCUGGGCCGUGUCGGCCCCGGGAAGUGCCCGCUUUGGUCAGGGCUCAGGGUCCAUUGUCCUGGACGAUGUGCGCUGCUCCGGGCAAGAGUCCUACCUGUGGCGCUGUCCCCACAACGGCUGGACCUUACACAACUGUGCCCAUGGGGAGGACGCCAGUGUCAUCUGUUCAGCUGCCCAGUCCCAGCCCACGACCACACCAGAUUGGUGGUAUACAAGUCCUUCCUACGGGAACGAGACAGGUUUGUCCCUGAGGCUGGUGAAUGGAGGUGCCCAGUGUCAGGGCCGCGUGGAAGUCCUGUACCAAGGCUCCUGGGGCACCGUGUGUGAUGACGACUGGGACACCAAUGACGCUGACGUGGUAUGCAGGCAGCUGGGCUGUGGCCAGGCCAUGUCUGCCCCAGGAGGUGCCCGCUUUGGUGAGGGCUCAGGGCCCAUUGUCCUGGAUGACGUGCGCUGCUCCGGGCAAGAGUCCUACCUGUGGCGCUGCCCCCACAACGGCUGGAACUCGCACAACUGUCGCCAUGGGGAGGACGCCAGUGUCAUCUGCUCAGGGAACGAGGCAGGUUUGUCCCUGAGGCUGGUGAAUGGAGGUGACCGGUGUCAGGGCCGCGUGGAAGUCCUGUACCAAGGCUCCUGGGGCACCGUGUGUGACGACGACUGGGACAUCAAUGACGCCAACGUGGUGUGCAGGCAGCUGGGCUGUGGCUGGGCCGUGUCGGCCCCGGGAAGUGCCCGCUUUGGUCAGGGCUCAGGGUCCAUUGUCCUGGACGAUGUGCGCUGCUCCGGGCAAGAGUCCUACCUGUGGCGCUGUCCCCACAACGGCUGGACCUUACACAACUGUGCCCAUGGGGAGGACGCCAGUGUCAUCUGUUCAGCUGCCCAGUCCCAGCCCACGACCACACCAGAUUGGUGGUAUACAAGUCCUUCCUACGGGAACGAAACAGGUUUGUCCCUGAGGCUGGUGAAUGGAAGUGACCAGUGUCAGGGCCGCGUGGAGGUCCUGUACCGAGGCUCCUGGGGCACCGUGUGUGACGACAGCUGGGACACCAAUGACGCCGACGUGGUGUGCAGGCAGCUGGGCUGUGGCCGGGCCGUGUCGGCCCCGGGAAGUGCCCGCUUUGGUGAGGGCUCAGGGCCCAUUGUCCUGGACGACGUGCGCUGCUCCGGGCAAGAGUCCUACCUGUGGCGCUGCCCCCACAACGGCUGGAACUCGCACAACUGUCGCCAUGGGGAGGACGCCAGUGUCAUCUGCUCAGGGAACGAGGCAGGUUUGUCCCUGAGGCUGGCGAAUGGAGGCGACCGGUGUCAGGGCCGCGUGGAAGUCCUGUACCAAGGCUCCUGGGGCACCGUGUGUGACGACGACUGGGACAUCAAUGACGCCAACGUGGUGUGCAGGCAGCUGGGCUGUGGCCGGGCCGUGUCGGCCCCGGGAAGUGCCCGCUUUGGUCAGGGCUCAGGGCCCAUUGUCCUGGACGACGUGCGCUGCUCCGGGCAAGAGUCCUACCUGUGGCGCUGCCCCCACAACGGCUGGAACUCGCACAACUGUGGCCAUAGUGAGGACGCCAGUGCCAUCUGUUCAGCUGCCCAGUCCCAGCCCACGAUCAGACCAGGGAAUGAAUCAGGUUUGGCUCUGAGGCUGGUGAAUGGAGGUGACCGGUGUCAGGGCCGCGUGGAGGUCCUGUACCGAGGCUCCUGGGGCACCGUGUGUGACGACGACUGGGACACCAAUGACGCCAACGUGGUGUGCAGGCAGCUGGGCUGUGGCUGGGCCGUGUCGGCCCCGGGAAGUGCCCGCUUUGGUCAGGGCUCAGGGCCCAUUGUCCUGGACGACGUGCGCUGCUCCGGGCAAGAGUCCUACCUGUGGCGCUGCCCCCACAACGGCUGGAACUCGCACAACUGUGGCCAUGGGGAGGAUGCCGGUGUCAUCUGCUUAGCCUCCCAGAGCACCUCUACUACCCCAGAUUGGUGGUACCCACAUACUACAACCACUGGGAGACCCUCUUCAAAUUGUGGUGGCUUCUUAUUCAAUGCCAGCGGGACAUUUUUCAGCCCAUCUUACCCUGGAUACUACCCCAACAAUGCUGAGUGUGUCUGGGAAAUAGAAGUGAACCCCGGCUAUCGCAUAAAUCUGGGAUUCAACAGUCUGCAGCUGGAGGUGAACAGCAAUUGCAAUUUCGAUUAUGUCGAAAUCUCUGAUGGACCGCUGAACAGCAGUAACUUGCUGGGGAAAAUUUGUAAUGGCACCAGGCAAAUAUUCACCUCUUCUUACAACCGAAUGACCGUUCGAUUUCGAAGUGACAUCAGUAUCCAAAGCACCGGCUUUUCUGCUUGGUAUAACUCCUUUCCUCGAGAUGCCAGCCUGAGAUUAGUCAGUUCAAAUUCCUCCUACGGUGCCUGUGCCGGGCGUGUGGAAAUUUACCACAAUGGCAUAUGGGGAACGGUUUGUGAUGACUCCUGGGACAUUCAGGAUGCCCAAGUGGUCUGCAGACAGCUGCGGUGUGGAUAUGCAGUGUCAGCCCUGGGAAAUGCCCAUUUUGGGCCCGGCUCUGGUCCCAUCACCCUGGACGAUGUGGUGUGCUCGGGGACAGAAUCUACUCUCUGGCAGUGCCGGAACCGAGGCUGGUUCUCCCAUGACUGUGCCCACCGGGAAGAUGCUGGAGUCAUUUGCUCAGGAAGCUACCCAACAACACAGGCUCCUGUUUACAAUGUCACCUACCCGAACACAAAUUACUCCUGUGGAGGCUUCCUGUCCCAACCAUCGGGGCACUUUUCCAGCCCGUUCUAUCCUGGGAACUAUCCAAAUAAUGCCAAAUGCCUGUGGGACAUCGAGGUCCGAAACAACUACCGUGUGACUGUUGUCUUCAGAGAUGUCCAGCUUGAAGGAGGCUGUAACUACGACUAUAUCGAAGUGUUUGACGGCCCCUCCCACAGCUCCCCUCUGAUUGCCCGCGUUUGUGAUGGAGCCAGGGGCUCCUUCACUUCAUCAUCGAACUUCAUGUCCAUUCGCUUCGUCAGCGAUGGCAGCAUCACAAAGAGGGGCUUCCAGGUCGACUACUAUUCCCGUCCUUCCAAUGACAGCACCCAGCUGCUUUGUCUGCCAAAUCACAUGCAAGCCAGCGUGAGCAGGAGCUACCUCCAAUCCUUGGGCUACUCUGCCAGGGACCUUUUCAUUCCCAGCUGGAAUGAAAGCUACCGGUGUCAGCCCCAGAUAACGGCCAGCCAGGUGACAUUCACAAUUCCAUACUCAGGCUGUGGCACCAUCAAGCAGGCCAAUAAUGAUACCAUCAUCUAUUCCAACUUCCUCGAAGCAGCUGCUUCAAAUGCCAUCAUCAAGAGGCAUAAGGACUUCCGCAUUCAUAUCAGCUGCAGGGUGCUCCAGAACACCUGGAUUGACACCAUGUACAUUGCUAAUGACACCGUCGACAUCAAGGAAGUGCAGUAUAGCAGUUUCAACGUGAACCUUUCCUUUUAUACAUCAUCUUCAUUUUUGUAUCCUGUGACCAGCAGUCCAUACUAUGUGGACCUGAACCAGAACUUGUACCUUCAAGCUGAGAUCCUCCAUUCUGAUGCCUCCUUGGCCUUGUUUGUGGAUACCUGUGUGGCGUCCCCAUAUUCCAAUGACUUUACAUCUUUGACUUACGAUCUUAUCCGGAGUGGGUGUGCCAAGGACAGAACCUACCAAUCUUACUCUCCGCCCUCGCCUCGCAUUGCCCGCUUCAAAUUCAGUUCCUUCUACUUCCUGAAGCGCUUCCCCUCCGUGUACCUGCGGUGUAAAAUGGUGGUGUGCCGGGCGGACGACUACUUCUCCCGCUGCCGCAGAGGCUGCAUCGUGAGGUCCAAGAGGGACGUGGGCUCCUACCAGGAGAAGGUGGACGUCGUCCUGGGACCCAUUCAGCUGCAGGCCCCGCAGGCUGUGAAGAGGAGCCUGGCCAGGUGGCCGCCCUCCCGCCCCUAGGCCUGUGGCCCGCGGGGACCCGGGAUGAUUCUGUCGGUGUCGUGGUCUGCCUCAAAUCGGGCACCCACCGUGUGCCAGGCCUGCCGUGCCACACCAGGCGAUGUGGAGUUCACUAGAUCUGCUUCCCGCCUUCUUCCAUGGGCUCCCGGUCUACGGGGGGACCAUGUGUAGUGCUCGGGCAAGAGAGUUCUCCCCCGCGACACCGAUACCUUUGUCCUCUGGGAUCUGAACUCCCAGAACCUCAUACUCCUCAUCUGUAACACAAAAAUGUUGAUACUUCCCUAUUAGGACUGUUGAGGAGCUACAAUAAAAUAAUGUUAAACUGC